CUAUCGAUAAGCAAUCCAGUUGUCAACUUUGCUGUCGCGCGACUCCCAUCAACUGCAGCCGACUAUCAAACAUCGCAACCCCUGCGCCAACUCCAGUCCUUCAUCUCAACCUUACAUACCGCCAUCAUGUCUUUCCUAGGAAUGGGUCGCCCUCAGCCUACGUCUGAGCAGAAGAUCGAAGCCGUCGAGGCGGAGAUGCUCGCCAUGGCCUCCAGCUACAACAGCCUCCAGAAGAACUGCCAGGCAAAGUGCAUCCCCAACGACUUCCGCGAGGCCGAGCUCAACAAGGGCGAGUCCGUGUGCCUCGACCGCUGCGUCUCCAAGUUCCUUGACACCACCCAGAAGGUCAGCGAGAUCAUGCAACAGCAGGGCCAACAGCAGGGGAUGCAGCAGGGCGGCAGCGGCGGUCUUUUCUAGAGGAGCGCGGCGCGACGGCUGUGACCUGGAUUGCUACCAGCAAACUUUGUGCGAUAGAAGCAGGCUGUACGAUUGCGGAGGAGAUUACGAAAGAUGGUUUGGGUAUAGAGGGGGAUGCAUUGUAGGAAUACCUGAUUAUAGCGAUGGAACCUUCAAGGUUCCUCCAUGAUGAUUUAAUUAGGCAAGUUGAACGAGUAGUU